GGGCGGCUGCGGGAGGGGGAGGUGGAGGCAUGGUGGCUCUGUUAGUUACUGGAGGUUACUCCGCUGUCUUUUCCUUCUUGAUAUUACAAAGUGGGAUGAGACUGGUUAAACAGAAGUGGCAAAGCUAAUGCUGUGAACUGUUGCUCACUGUGUACUCUGGUUUUCAGUGCUGAUGAGUGGGAGCAGGAAGCUGUGGCUGUGCUGUGAGGUACACACGUGAGCAGCAUUUGCUUGUGCUGCGGGUAACAUGGAGGCUUGGCAAUGACUUGUUGCUAGCUGUCCACCUCACUGUGCACCUGAUAAUAGCAGUUCUCUCUUGAUUGAGUGGCUUUCCCGUUACCAUACGUCCUGAACGUUCUGAGGGUUAUGGCACAGGCUCAAGGUUUUGGGCGAAGAUACCUCAAAGCCUUCUUUAAAGGUUUCUUUGUUGCUGUUCCUGUAACUGUGACCUUCCUAGAUAGAGUUGCCUGUGUAGCAAGAGUGGAAGGAGCAUCAAUGCAGCCUUCCUUGAAUCCUGGGGGAAGACAAGCAUCUGAUGUAGUGCUCCUAAACCACUGGAGCAUUCGAAAUUAUGACGUGCAACGUGGGGACAUCGUGUCAUUGGUGUCCCUAUACCAAGUCAUCUAUCUUCUGGCAGGAAGGACACUGCAAAAGAGGUUGUGCUGACAUAGAAGCUAAAUAAUCACUUUACUUGCUGGGCCUCGGUGACCUCUGAAAAUCUUUUCCUAUUCUAUCCCUUCAGUUAGAAGAAAAAAACCUCUUGUCUUUUCCUGAUAAAAAUCAAAUAUGUAGUUCUAUUGUUAUUAUCUGUGUUACAAUCUAUUCUUAGACUGCGUAUCAUACUAAAUAUAUGAAUGUGUUAAUACUGUUGAUGAAAGGAAGACUUGUUCUAUCUUGUAUUUAUAACGUAAAAUCAAUUUUAAAAUUAAUAUUUGUAGAUAACAUGCUGUGCUUAGGAUGGGUUUAGGUAGGCAGUUAUUGUGGUACUGUGGAAACUGAGCCGUUGUGGAGAAAAUAAGUUAUUGUAGUUACAUCUGUGGUUAUUUAAUUUAAAGUCUAUUUAUAUAAGUAAUAGGUUUACAAGACCUGGUUGUAAGAGUCAUGGCUGUAGGGAGUUUGGGUGCAUUCUUUGUACCAAAUGGCAAUAGAUAUGGAUGGAAUGACUUAGACAUUUCUUACGGGCCAUUUUACAACUAUAGUAAUUAGAAAGAAAGAUCUCUUUUCUAAAAAGUUAAUGAUUUGGAAGUCAAUUAGGUGAUCUGAUUUGUGAAAUAAGUGUUAGUUGCUAGGGAAGAAUUGAGUAUUAUAAGUGGUGCCAGUGAGAACUUCAUAUUCUGGUUGACUUCAGUUUUGUUAGCUCAAUGGUAGUACCUUGCUGUUGAAUGAAGAAAAAUACCAUUGCUUGUUGAAUAUUGAUUAGUGUAUCCAUUAGAAUCCUACAUUGCAGGUUUACUAAAACCACUGCAUUGGGUACUGAGUUAAUCUGAUUGGACUAAAGCAAGUAUUUCACAGAAUCAUAGAAUCAUAGAAUCAUAGAAUCAUAGAAUGGCCUGGGUUGAAAACGACCACAGUGAUCAUCGAGUUUCAACCCUCCUGCUAUGUGCAGGGUUGCCAGCCACUAGACCAGGCUGCCCAGAGCCACAUCCAGCCUGGCCUUGAAUGCCUCCAGGGAUGGGGCAUCCGCAACCUCCUUGGGCAACCUGUUCCAGUGUGUCACCACCCUCUGUGUGAAAAACUUCUUCCUGAUAUUCAACCUAAGCCUGCCCUGUCCCAGUUUAAAACCAUUCCCCCUUGUCCUAUCACUAUUCACCCUCAUGAACAGGCGUUUCCCCUCCUGUUUAUAAGCUCCCUUCAUGUUCUGGAAGACCGCAAUGAGGUCUCCUCACAGUCUUCUCCAAGCUAAACAAGUCCAGUUCCCUCAACCUGUCCUUGUAGGAUAGGUGCUCCAGCCCUCUGAUCAUCUUAGUGGCCCUCCUCGGGACCUGCUCUAAGAGCUCCACGUCCUUUCUGUAUUGGAGGCCCCAGGCCUGGACACAGUACUCCAGAUGGGGUCUCACAAGAGCUGGGGGGGUGGGGGGAACAAUCACCACCCUCUCCCUGCUGGCCACCUCUUUUUUAAUGCAGCCCAGAACACAGUUGGCCUUCUGGGCUGCAAGCGCACACUGCCGGCUCAUGUCCAGCUUCUCAUCCAGCUUCUCGUCCACCAGGACCCCCUUCUUCAGGAUCCCCAGGAAGUCCUUCUUCACAGGGCUGCUCUCAAGGAGAUCUUCCCCCAGUUUGUAUAAGUACCUGGGAUUGCCCUGAUCCAAGUGCAACACCCUGCACCCUGCACUCGAUCUUAUUGAACCUCAUUAGGUUUUCAUGGGCCCACUUCUCCAGCCUGUCCAGGUCCCUCUCAAUGGUUUCCCUUCCUUCCAGUGUAUCAAUUGCACAUAAUCUUAUUCAUGCAGAAAACAGUAUGUGGCAAAAUGCUAAUGAGAAAAGAAUAAGUUGUCAUUCUAUUCUGGCAGCACAUGUCAAAUACUAUUAUCAAGUCUACAUCAAGUAUUUGACAAGAUACAAGUGGGGCUAGAUCCUUACCAUACGAUCAGUAAUAUCUCCUCUAAAAGCAAGUGUUGAGGUUUAAUAACCAGUGACCACUACCUGGAUCAGCUUUUUAAUUUUAGUUAACACACCUUGAAUAAAUUUAUGAACAAGUGUGGUUGUCAGAAAUUCUGCUUAAAAUGUUAAUUCCUAUCAGUUAGAAAAUAGUUUAAUCUUAAUGCCUGUUAGUGAGAUUGUUUCGUCAGUUCUUUAUUCACUGGAAUGGGCUGUCCAGGGAAGUGGUUAUGGCUUCAGGCCUGCUGGAGUUCUACAAGCAUUUGGACAGCACUGCGAUGCUCUCAUGCACAGGUUUGAAUUUUCGGUGCUCACCUGUGGAGCCACGCAUUGGACUUGAUUAUCCUUGUAGGUCCCUUCUAGCUUGGGGUCUACGAUUCAUUAUAUUGCUGUGAUAAGGCCUGAGCUGGAAAAAUGUAAAUCACUUUUUUUGUGCUUUUUGCAGGUUUAUUAUUAUUAUUAUUAUUAUUAUUAUUAUUAUUUUCUGCUUAUGGUCUUUGCUUUUCAUUUCAACUGCAGCCCUGAGGAACUUGACCAAAAAAAAAAAAUAAAAAUAAAAAUUAGAACCAGAUUUACAGACUGUGAUGUUUGCUUGAACUUACUGCUGAGACAAGUAACGUAAACUUUCACUAAGGUAUAUUCUUGUGAAAUGGAGGGAAAUGACCUCAGUAGCAUGAGCAUUAAAGAUGUUAUGCAAGGGAUCACCAACAAGUCUUCACUCCUUACUUCAAGUAUUUUGCUUCUUGGCUCAUAUCUAUUCACACCAGAAUUAUUGAGAUCUGCAGUUACAUAAUCCUCAACCAGAGUGGGAUGUGAGCAGUAAAAACAAGGUACGCUUGAAGUUUCAUCGACACACACACACACACACAUAUAUAUAUAUAUAAAAUUCUUUGGAAAGCAAGAAAGGUGGGAGGAAAACUGUUUCUGUUGUGAUCUUUAAAUUGCAUGAUGAUCAUAUAAAGUGUUAGCAGCUAAUUAAUAGAUAAGGAGGACAUAUGUUCUGCUGAAGGAGGACUGUUAAUUGUAAUUUGCAAACUCAAACUCAAGUUCAUUUAUUUAUUCAUUCAUUUGAUUGAUUCAUUUGUUUUUACUUUGCUUUUUAGCAUUCAGGCAUAUGAGGAUGUGAAAAGGGAAUAAAAACAACUACUCACCAUUCUAACAAAUGAAGUCACUUUUACCUGCCUGUAUUGAAUGGAAAAGGAAACAGUAUAGAAUAGAUUUCCAACUGUUCUUGGGCAUGAACAGUCAAUGGUAUUUUGGAGAUAUUGGGAUUAAGUGGACAGCUGCUUGAAAUAUUACUGAAAUUACAGCCAUUAUUUUAUUGGUUGGAAAACUCUCUGAUCCUCUGACUGUCUGACUUACAGUGCGAUGGCUGACUGCCCCGCUAAGGUCAUGUUGAGCUAAAGAAGCUUGAAAGCUGCCAUGGCUUACAAAAAUGUCACUUUUACCUUUUGAAAUAUUUAUAAUUUAGAAGCUAGGAACUUGCUAUAGUUUCAGCAGAAUCUGAUGAUAUGCCUUUUGUGUUGUGUGUACAGAAAGGAAACAGUAUAUUUUUCCUAAGCUUUUUAAAAUUUUCUUUAACCUAAAGAAAAUUUGACAACUUUGAGAGGGAAAUAUUUUAUGUAUUUUUUUUCUCAGUGCAUUUCCAACAGCUGAGAAAUAAUGUCUGGUUACUUAUGACUGACAGUGCUUGUGGGUAACUAUAGCUGGAAAGGUUGUACAAGUCAUUGAAAUAUUCUAUAUGCUCUCAUUCAUUGCUGAAAGUACUAGGAAAUACGAUUAUUUCAGCAACUAGCUGAGCAUUCCAGUGCUCAAUCUGUAUAGGUUGUUCAUUUAGGGACCUCCUUAAGUAAAUUCAGACUGAAUACUAAUGGUUAGGAUAAAAUGUCUGGUAAAAAAAAAAGUCAUAGAUAUCUGUAUCAUUAUCCUCGCGCAAAAUAAUAAGUGUAUUGUUGAUUAUGAUAUGUAUUGAUGGACCAUAUUUUCAGAUGUUUUCUCGGUAUGCUGAGUUGAUAGCUUAAAAAUUCAGAGGUCUAUUAAACUGUAAAUAAACGAGCAGUUUACUGGAAGUAGUUUCCUUUUCUUGAAAGUCAAGAACUUGUGGGGAAGUAAUCUGUGGUUGCUAAAGGAGAUAUGUAUCAAAGUACUUAAACUUAGGUUCCACUGAACUAUGAAAUGCUGAGUGCUGAAUUGAUGAAACACUAGAUUCAGUUUAAGAGAACUUUCUGGUUGGAUUAAGAUCUUAACUUUCAUAUUGCUUCACUUGAAUCUGGAAUGAUUCAAAUGUAAUACAUAUUUUAGGUCAUACUGAUACUGCAGUAUCAACUUCUAUUAUAAAUAAGUUCUAUUCUCAGGGAGAAAUGGAAAAAUCAUUUUGUAGAACAACUCUGAAAGUCUGCUUUUCCUUCCUUUUCUGUAUGAAACCAUCGUUUUUCAAAGAUACCCAAUUCUUUAGCAUAGGGCCUUGCAUACUCCAUUGCUAAGUUGUUACCUGUGGUAGGAGAAAAGUUUUAACAAAGUCAUGUAUAUAUAGGAUAUUAAUGUGAUUUAGCAAUGUUUGAAAGAUAGAGUGCAGUAAUUUUUCUUAAACAAGUAAGCUUCUUGUCAUGGUUUUGUGAUUUUUGGUUAUCAGUAUUCCAGACUGUUCAAGUACUGUUAUCAUUCCUGCUCAGGGGAACAGAUAUAAGGCCUGUAGGUCACCUGACCUGAGUUUCUUUCUUGUCUUGUUGUGCUCGCUUUUGGAUCGUCUCACUGCUGCUCCCGACUCUACGCAAGGGUUCAGUAUUAGUUUAAGGCCUUUAGCUCUCGGACAAUCCUUCUCUCAGUUAUAUUUGAUUUUAUUAACAAUUAUAUUGAAUUAUAUUGUAUUAUAGUGUGUUAUCAUGCAUUCCAAUACUAUAUUCAGUAAAUUAGUUUGGUUCUCCUCAGAUCGUUGCUGUUGUUUUUUUUGUUCUUUCUUGUGGGGGAUCCCGUUUCCCUUUUCUGGAGGCAUGGAUUUUGCAAAAAAAAAAUCCUUCCGCCCCACUAGUCACAGAACUGGGCCGGACCAGCCCGUAAACCAUCGACACUUCUUCUUCUCCUUUUUUUUUUCCUUGAGAAAAUAGAGGGACUGAAGUCCUGUAUAUAGGCUAUUAAACAAGUGUAUUUGUUUCUAUUAGUUUUUGAGUGUACAAAUAUUCUAAAUGCAUUUCAGCCUUUCAUGCUGCUAUGCAGCUUUUCUGUUGUGUACAAUCGGGAAAGUACUGUACUGAUACUUAUUACACAAGAUAUUUCAUAAUAUUUGUUCUUGGACAAAUUAUAGUUUAAAUACUGCCACAGCUGACUUCAUAUCUUUUACUAAUAUCUUCCCCUAAGCCACUUUAUUCAGUUGUGUUAUGAGCAACCAUAAAUAUUAACUGCAGAAUGCUACUUCUAGGAAUCUGUACAUAUGCUGACACAGUAGAUUCUGCUUACACAUCAAAAAUAUUUAUUUCCAGUGUAAUUGGUGAAGCUGGAAGAAAAACCAUAGGUCUUAACCUGUGCUGAGUAUAUUGUGGACAUGAAUAUUUUUACAUGUAAUAAGCUGAGUCUUGGCCUUGUUUUCUGUUUUUUCAGCCUGUUAGCAAAGGCAAAAACAAGGGAAUGCCAAAUUAUCAGGUUUAAGAUGAUAAUUAACCUUAUCAUCACUGUAUUUUCUAGGGAAAUUAUGUUAGGCUGCAUUCAUGAAUGCAACAUUAGUCUUUUAUGUGCAAUCAGCUGCUCCUGGAAAGCUGAACAAAAUUUCACUUUAAAUACAUACAUAUGUAUUUGUUCUGUAGAGAAUGGACCUUAUUGGAGUUGUCAGCUGUGUAUCUAUUAGUUGCAGUGAAAUGGAGUCAACCUCUUCUCAAAACUGCACAGGAAAGGGAUGAGAGGUAGUGAUCACAGUUUUCGUAAGGAAAAUUCUGACAAGAUCUAAGACCAUAAAAAGCACAGUCAUAACAAGUAAGUCAUUAGCCAGAAAGACUUUGAAAUCUUCAUCAUUGAAGAUAAUAAAAACUUGACCAGCCAAAACCUGAGCAUUCUAAGCUACCUUUGAAGUUGAGUCUGUUUGGGCCAGAUGGUUGUAGUGGAUUUAUCCCAGAGGGUGCUUUGAACCUGAAUUAUUCUGCUUCUCUGCCUCAAGUGGAAUUUCAGAAAUUGAACUUUCAAGAUAUGAGACAAUUCCUAUAGUCUUCAAAAGUUACAAGUCAAUGUUAGCUAUUAGCUACCAGAUUAUUCUUUAUGGUCAUUUUUAUUUAUUUCAUAAUAGAGAAUUGUGACAUCUAAAAACCCUGUUUUCUAGAUGUGGCAGUGAUAUUAGUCAGACAGUACAAUCUAAAAGACCCAGGCUUGACUUAGAAGCCUUUUGUGUCAAUAGCUGAAUGUACAGGGAAUGUUAAGAUUGCAUACAGGUUUUGUGACUAGGCUGUAAAUCCUACAAAGCAGAAACAGUGAGCAGAUGCAGGCAGAUGCUUGUAAUAAAACAAUCAGUGUGGUGGGUAGCAGUCUGCACAGAAGACAGUUGAACACUGGGUCAUGUUUAAUGUUCUAUAGUAAAAGAAACUCCUCUGCAAAUGUGUUUGGAGAGCAGUUCCCAAGUGAGAAGAGGAGCCUGGAAAAGUACACAAGUAAUUGUUUGCUCACUUGGUAAAUUUUCAGUUAAGUCUGACUGGAUUCAUUCAUAAGACAGGGUCAACAUUUUGACUGUGAAUAGGGGAGAAAUAUGUCAGGAUUAAAAGAUAAAAGCCGCCUAAAAAGAAGACAACCAGUUUAAUAUGAUAGAAAAAUGAAAGCAGUUCAGUUGCAAAGAGAGGGGUUACCUGAAAAAUUUAGCAUCAUGGCUGUAAUUUGAUGACUCAAAGCAGGGAAAAUCUGCAAGAAUAUUUUCAUUUCUCUCAUAAAUAGAACUUAAAUGGAUUUGAACUUGACUUGCCUCCUCUGCCAAUAUAUAGCAGAAUAGAUAGUCUGCUACUCUUUAGUCAUUCAGCUUAUAUUCUCCCUAGUACUGUAGCUAUCUUCUUUUAUGGCUUUUAUGAAAUGUAAGAAUGCACUCUAUGAGAACUCCUUUUUUUUCCCUUAUCCAUAAUAUAGAUUAAGUGGGGAAAAACAUUGACUGAAGUAUAGCAAUUUGUGUACAGUUUGCAGCUUGGCAAUAUGAAGAAGUGAAUUUUUAUGUUAUUCAGAGUUUCUUUAUCUUAUCCGACAAAACAGUUGCUCAGGUAUCACCUCUGUAAGGUAGAUGGUAACAUUUUAUUUAAGUUACUGAAAUGGCUCCAGUAGGACUUGAGUGCUUAUAAAUUCAUGUAAGUAUUCUUUGAAAACUUUUUCUUUGUAACUUCUUUAGAAGAAACUUUGAUUAUUAAGCAUAAUUUUAAAGAAUGUAUUUGGAAGCUGGAGACACUAGACUGUUUAAGUUACUGGAUGUAAAUAAACCAUUAGCCUAUAUAGAAAGCUUAAUUGCUUUAAUUCUAAAGCAGGAUGUAGUUCAGAAGACCAUGUUCCAUGCAUAAAAUACACAUAAUUGACUAUUGAAUCUCUAUUUUCUUUGGCUUAAUAAAUGAGAAGUUUAUGUAUAAUGAAAAAAGAAUCAGUUUCUCAACAGAAUUGUUCCUCGUGAUUGAAAAUUUCCACAAUACUUGAAAAUGUUUUUGUUUUACUUUGACACUGAGGCAAAGUUGAGAUUUAAAAAAAUAUCUGGUUAAAUAUAACCUGCAGCCUGUUAACUAUAUAGGAUAAAUUUAAGAUAUAAAUAGUUUUUUUGAUGUUUUUUUUUUUUUUUUUGCCCGCUUAAGUGAAUUAGAAAAAGAAAAUUGUUGAGGGCACAGAUGACAAACUGCUUUUAAGAACUGAGGAAUGUGUUCAAACCCAUAAAAUAAUAAUUUAAAAAUAGAGUUGAUUUGAGUUUUAUCUUCCAACUUAAUUUAGUUUAUGGUCCAAUUUUGCAAAGUGUGCAUUGAAUUUAGCCAAAAGUGUACUUUCUGCCAUUUGCUUCUGCCUUUCUUGAUUCAAACAGAAUCUUACUAUUACAGAACUAGGUCAGUAUAGUCAUGCACUUUUGCAUGUUUUAUAGCACAAGACAUAGUGAUUCUUUUGAGUUUUAUCAUAGAACGGUUUGGGUUGGAAGGAACCUUAAAGAUCAUCUGGUUCCAAACCUCCUUCCACUAGAUCAGGCCGUCCAAAGCCCCAUCCACACUGACCUGGAAUACCUCCAGGGAUGGGGCAUCAUCUCCAGCUUUUCUGGGCAGUCUGUUCCAGUGUUUCAUCAACCUGUGAGUAAAGAAUAUCUAUAGCAUAUAUUAUUAAUAUAUAGUAGUAAUAUAUAACUACAUAUAUAAACCUGCCCUUUUUUAGUUUAAAAUGAUUACUGCUUGUCUUACCACUAUGGUCCUUGAUAAAGAGUCCCUCCCCAUUAUUCCUGUAGGCCCCAUUUAAAUACUGUUAAGGCCCCUGUAUGGUUUCCCAGAACCUUCUCUUCUCCAUGCUGAAGAAUUCCAGCUCCCUCAGCCUUUCUUUGUAGGAGAUGCGCUCAGCCCCCUCUCCCUAUAUCCUUCUUGUGCCAAGGGCCCCAAAGCUGAAUGCAGUACUUCAGGUGGGAUCUCAUGAGAGUGGAGUAAAGGGGGAGAAUCACCUCCCUCACCCUGUUAGUCAUGUUUCUAUUGCUGCAGAUAUUGUUAGCUUCCUGGACUGAAGCUCACACUACUGGCUUGUGUCAAGCUUUUCAUCCACCUGUAAACUCAAGCUCUUCUCCACUCUGAAGACUCUAUCCGCUUGUUGCCAAGCCUGUAUUUGUGUCUGGGCUUCCCACAGCACACGUGCAGGAAUUUCUGCUUGGCCUUUUUGUACUUCCAUGUUUUUUUGCUUGGCCCAUCUCAGAUCUGUCCAGAUCCCUCUGGAUGCUUUCCCUUCCCUACAGCAUGGUUACUGCACCCCACAGCUUGGUAUAACAAAGUCACAGAAUCACCAAGGUUGGGAAAGGCCUCCAAGAUGACUUCGUCAAACCAUCCACCUACUACCAAUAUUUCCCCUCUUUUCCCUUCAUAUGGAUUAAGACAAGAGGUAGAAGUAAAAGCUUAAGAAUGUAGUUAAAUUCAAAAUACAUGACUGUAUGGCAAACAGGUAUUGGACCAGAGAGAUUAUCGUCUUACAAAGGAGUAAUGAAAUAAAGAGCUUACCCAUGUCCUGGGCUCACAGAAGGGCUCCAAGAGGAGUGAUCUCCAGAUAGAGAUCCUUCCUCCUUGGGAAUCAGCCCUUAAAUGGGGUCCAGGAGGGGUGGAGUCAGGCUUCUGGUCACUCAGGUGAAAUUGUGUUCACCUGUGCCCCUGCAGCUGACUCAGUGCUCCCUCAGGUGGUCAAUCAGAGGUUCAGGCUGUGAUUCAGCAGUUCCCAUACAAUGAUAUAAUGCAGUUUACGGUUUCAAUAAUGAACAGUGUAUAUCCUAAGGAAAUAAAAGAGAUAUCUGUUGGGCAAAUUUCUUACGUUACAUAUUGUUUUAUAUAUUUGCUUUAAGGGACAAAUUAGUGGCAUUCUUAGAGCAAUAACUUUGAUGUUUCAAGAACUAGGGCAACUAUAAUGAGAGUAGCGUGGUCUUGCCAUAUGAAGGGAAGUAUACUGUCAAGCAAGCAAAAGAUAAUAGCAUCUUCUACACCCAGAAGGCCUGCUAUGGUGUUUGUGUCUGCGUAAGAUCCCCUCUGCCCUCAGAACAAUCUAUUUUUAAACUGAUACUGAGUUUGACCUUAGUAAAGAGGUACUGUUGAAAUAUUGAAAUGCAUCAUCAUGCACAGUGUGUUCCUCAGUCCUAUAGGAUACUCUUUUUCUACAGCAGAUGUAUAUUACAUAGUUUGCUGUUUCCCCGAGUUCAAAGACUUACCUGUUUAAUAUUAAAAGGGAAUCCUUAAUUACAAAUUAUAUUCUGUAUCCUUAAUCAAAUAAUAGUUUAGGUGAAUUAAUGAGGCAGGCUCUUGCUUUCAUUGUUCUAAACAGCUGAAGGUGAGAUGGUUUCAGCUUUCUAUAGUACAAGAGUAGUAUCCAUUGAGUGUGAGUUGCUGUCUUCAUUGUAAGUACUUUUUAUUUUUAUUUUUUACUGUAAGCUGUGAUUUCUCGUUAAGAUUUGUGAAGAACAUAGAUGGUUCUUGGUCAAUAUGGCCACCACUUCAAAAGAACAGCAUGCAUACCUUGAAGAGGGACAUGUUGAUGGCGUAUGUUUAUUUUAACAUAUUUAAAAUACCUUGGUAAGCCAGAAAUUUGCAGGAACAAUAAACUUUCAUGGGUCUGUUGGGACCUUGUGAGAUAUUUAUGUUUUCCUCUGAUAACUGUACUGUAAUAUUGAGCAUUAGUUAGUUUUUUUAAAUAAGUCUUAGCAUUUGUGCCCCUUACUGCAGGAAACGCGCUUACUUAUUUUCAGAGAGUAUUUCUUGUGCAUCCAAAGGACUGCGGUACUGUAUCUUAACCAAGAAGGAGAGCAUCUCAUUCAGAUUGGUUUAAAAAUGACAGUGAUGAGAAGUUAUGAUGUUAGGAGGAGUCUUUAUUGGGAGAAAUCCAUGAAAAUAUGUUAAGUUAAACAUGAUUAGGAACAUGAAGGACCUCUGAAUGUUUAAGCACAUUUAGCAGUGAAAAUGCAUAUCUUAAUCUCUUAAACUGUCUAGAUACUAUUUAAUUUUGAUAAUCAAAACAGCUGACCACUUUCGUACAGAAUGCUUACUCCUCUUUAUUUCCCAUUUCAUGCCUCCUUUUUGAGGCAUUGUCUCAGGUGCCAUCUUUGUGAGAAUUCUGAUGAGCUGGCCUUCUAAUUUUUAUCCUCUGCUCAGCUCUCAUUUUCUAAUCCCAUUGCAGAGACUGCAGCACGCAUGCAGGAGAUUUGUGCAUGCAUGAAGUGAGUUGAGGUUUAUGUAAGCAUUAGACAAUGUGAAGAUUGGUGCUGUGUUGUCUUAAUACUGGAGGACUGUGGUCUGCUCUCAUUUUAGUAGCUGUUGUGGCCUACUUUUCUGAAGCCUGCCCUUGUUUCAGCUAAUUCCAAAUACAGUUUCCUUCCCCCACCCCCCUCCCCCUUUAUAAUACUUUAAAGAUUUUUUUGUGUGUUUGUUUUUAUGUAUUUUUAAUCAGCUUUUACCUGUGUUUAUUGAUCAGAUAUAACCUAGUAUCUCUCUCCAUACCGUUUUGAAUGAACUGAUGUAUUUGAAAGCGCUUAGAUGUUGUGAAGGUGGUUGUAUUUGGGAUUUCUGUGAUGUUAUAACUAUAUGCAAGGCAACUCAGCAGAGUUUUUCAGUUCAUAGGAUUUGCUAAUGCAGCAGCAGUUAACUGCCAAGGGAAAUUUAAAUUUGAAGGGACUCUUCAUGUCCUGAUUUGUAAAAGCCCUCCUGGGCUAUUGUUCUAGAAAUUUCUGCUAACGCCUAUAUUAGCAGUACUCUGUGGCUUCUCUGGGUUCCCACUCUGAUGUAUAGUUUGCUAAAUCUCAGGAUGUAUUAUAUUGCACCAACAAGUAUAUUCGGUAGAUGUUACUGACAGGGCCAGGAAAUGUUCAGCCCCUGGUGUUCAGACAAAAUGUACAGAACAUUUAGUCUUAUUAGCACAAAGCAUUACUUCAGGCUAUAAAUAAUCAAUUUGGUAUCUAAUCUACCAGUUAUACUCUUGCUUUAUAUGUUAAUACUAAUGUCACUGAUAUUGGAAGGGACUUUGUAGAGAUACUACCAUUUUUCUCUUUGUCUCAUACUUGCAGUUGAUAAAGGAACAAAUAAAACAGGUCAAUACUGUUUUUGUCAUGAAAUUUAUCUACAUGAUGAUAAAAGCUGUAUUAAAAGCUGUACAAUUUUUAAAGUUGCCUGAUUAGAAAUAUAUAUUUUCUAAACAAGAACCUUGUACACAACAACAGUUUUAUGAUUCCUAUGUUGUAUACUUCUGAUAUGUCUCCCACAUACUUUCUGAGAAUAUGAUGAUUUUGUAAAUUGCUGUGGAAGUUUAAUCCUAAUGCCAAAGAUGAACAAAUGUGGAGUAGUAUGAAUGGCUGAUACUCAGUGACCUUUAACUUUGGAAGUAAUUCAGCCAUGCUAGGAAUUUGUGAACUGUAAAAGCAAAAUUAUUCACGCGCAUAAAUUAAUGAUGUUUUCUUAAUAAAUGAAUAAAUAUAUAUAUACAUAGACCAUAUACUUUCUGGCACAUAAGAGGCUUGCAUACUAAUGAAAUAUUGCUUGUUAUGUACUUGUAGUAGCUUUAGUCUAAUUUCAGAUUGUACAGUCCAUUUGGGAAACAUUCAUUAUGGACACACAAAGAUCAUAUUUUAGAACAAUGACCAUUCAGUGGUAGGUUAACUGCAACACAUCACUUGUCUUCUGCAAAAGUUUGUGUAUGUUAUGUAUGAAAGUCAGUCAUUUUCCCCUUUCCCCGCAUGACUUGGAGUAGAAGUGAUAUUUGGCGCUGCUGAGAAUUCAGAUUGUGAAAGGAUUUGGAGUCCCUGUUGUCAUAAUUCCUUAGAGCACGUGAGGUUCAUGGUGCUGGGGAGAAGAGAGACUGUAAUCCUCUUCUUGCUCUUCCAAUUUACUGCCUAGAAGAUUACUCUCAACUUUUUUAUCCUUAGGGUCCAAAUCUACUAUAUAUUUUAAAGCAGUUCAGAAAAUCAGAAGACUUAUAGGAAAAGGGGAAAUGUUAAAUUGAUUUGUUUUACAAUUUAUGAAGAAAAAUCAAAACAUAAAAUGGUAUUUACACCCACUAAAUCUGUUAGUUUAUAGAUAUAUUUGUCUAUAUUGUUUAUAAAAUGUUUAGACACUAGACAUACUGUUUAAUUUGAAAACAAUAUCUCUGUUUUUGUAUUGCAUUGAAGAUGCAUGUAGCACCUAAAGGUCCUCCACAUGGAAUGACAAACUUCUAGUAAGAUACAGGAAUUAUUCACUUUCUUAGUAAUGGGCAAGAAAUAUACGUGAAGGAUUUUUCAACUUAGGUCCCAUUUAAAAGAAAAUUAAUUCCGACAGGUAUUUACAGACAAAUGAGGUAUCUCUCUAAAGUUAUUUUCUGACCAUCUUUGUAUUCAGGGGGAUACUAAUAAGCUGAAGGGGAUUUAUCGAUUCAUAGAAUCAUUUAGUUUGGAAAAGACCUCUGUGAUCUUCAAGUCCAAACAUCAACCUAGGAAUACAAAGUCAACUACUAAACCAUGUCCCUAAGCAACUCAUGUACAUAUAUUUAAAGUACCUCCAGGGAUGGUGACUCUGACUCAACUACUUCUCUGGGCAAUGUGAUUAUCAGAUUAUAUAGAAGAGUGCUAUUGAAGCAUAUAUUUAGGUUUCUCUGUAGUUCAUUGUAUAAUCAAAUUGCAUCUAUAUCUAAGGUCCCAACCUAGCCACACACAGUGUGCUACUGGACAGUUUUCAACCCCCACUCCACGUAGGUGGGUAAAUCUUGGCAUACCAAUCACACCACUUUCAACCUGUCCUAAUAAAAAAAAUACAGAAGCACGAGAUGUUAAACAAGAAGAAUGAGAACAGGCCAGUGAUGGAGAAUGAAAUUACAUCAUUUAUUCCUUGUGAGAUUCUCCUGUUUUUGUUGAUCACAGCUGAAUUUUGGUGGAGAAUUUCUACUGAAUAUAGGUACUAGAGAAGGAAGUGAGACAUCUUCAUUGUAUAUGUGUAUAUAUAUAUAUAUAUUUGUUACACUUUAUUUUCUCUAUGCAGACUUCCUUAAAUAAACAGGUUACAUUGAUACUUCUGUACUUGCAGCAGACUAGUUCAUCUGUUAGUUUGGCUCACAAGCAAAUUCCUCUUCUAUUCAUAGCAUACUUUGACUUUUUUUUCUAACUUUUCAUUUAAAAAAAUCUAAUGAAGCCUUAAGGAUGAAACCUCUAGACUAUUAUUUUAUUCUUAUUUAUAUUUUGUCAUGCCUAAGGAUACUGCUUUUGGACAGGAGCCUCGUUACUCAAAAAACUCCACAUAGAUUUAUUUGUUGCCUCAAGGGCAGGAGUUCUGCAUUCAAUCAUCUCUAUUGUUUUAAUAGUUAGAUAUCGUAAAUCAAGCCUACUCACUAGAAUUUCUCUGUAGUCAAUAGAGAAAAAUAAGCAUUUCCAAAAAUGAGUUUUUAUUAAUAAUCUUUAGAAGUUUUGUUUUGAAGAAUGGGCCAAAUAAAUGUCAUGGUUUUUAAUUUAGAACAAAAGCAUAGUUCUAUCUGGAUUUUCCUCUACUGUUCCUAACCUAGAUGCAUGGUAUUGAAAUUAAUUUAUCUUGUUUCACCAAAUGUUUUAACUUAUUUUUUAUGCAGAAUUUGCUUAUUCUGGAAAUAAUGUUUCUCACAUUAUAUCUUCAGUUUCAAGAUAACACCUUUUGUUCUUUACGCAUCUUGGAGCCUCCUUUAGAAAUUGUAAUAGUAGCUGAGUACACCAAGAGGAGUUGCAGUGAAAUUUUCAUCCUGUGAAUUACACAUGCAGCUAUUUAAUAAUAUGGGCGUCUUCCUUAUUUUACUUGUAUUUUCAUCAAUAUUUUCUUUUUAUACCUUCCUUCCUUACUAGCUGUUAAAUCACACAGAAGGAAAAAGGCCAUUAUUUAAUGAAUGACCCCUUCGAUCACAGAUGCUGACAAAAUGAAGCCUGAAAAUUUUAAAUUGGCUGGCUACUGUUAUCCUAGCAGAACCCAUUAAAGUCACACAAGAGAGCAUAACUUAUUAUGUAGCUAAACUGUGACUUUUUCAUGCUUUCUUUGUAAACAUGACAAAUUUAUGGAUGGCAUUAGCGAUACUAAGUUGACAGAAUUAAAACCACUGUUUAUUGAUACAGUUCAGUAACUUGAUUUAAUUAGAUUCUCAGCACAUUGAUCUAAGAGGAUUUUCAAGCAGUGUUUUAUGACAUGGGUUUAAAGGAGAAUGCUGAAAUUCUCACAGAGAUGAUGAAUUGAAAUAAAUAUUUUAAUUUAUAUGUGUAUAUAUUUAACUAAGUACUUAGUGUUGCACUUUUUCACCUCUUGCACUUUUUCACAGGUAUUUGGCCACUGAAUAAGCCUAGGCUCCAUCCUUGAAUACUAGUGUUCUACAUUAACACUUGCUGUCUGAUGAUUUGAAGGGUGGACUAUGUGAUGGAUAAGGAAUGGGUUGGAAAGUCACUGCCAGGGGGUCGUGGUCAAUGGCUCUAUGUUAGGGUGGAGGCCAAUAAUAAGCAGUGUCCCUCUGGGGUCUGCCUUGAGACAGAUACUCUUUAACAUCUAUAUCAACGAUGUAGAUGAUGGUAAUGAGUGCACCCUCAGAAAAUUUGCUGAUGACACCAGGCUGAGUGGUACAAUUGGUACAGCGGAAGGAAGGUAUGCCAUUCAGAGGGGCCUUGAUAAACUCAAAAGGUGGGCCUGUUUAAUCCUAAUGAUGUUAAACAGUUUUGCACUUGGUUUGAGGUAAUCCCAGAUGUAUAUACAAACUGGGAUAAGACCUCCUUGAGUUUAGCCCUGCUGAGAAGGACUGAGGGGUCCUGGCUGAUGCGAAACUUAACAGUGUACUUGCAGCCCAGAAAGCCAUUGGUAUCCUGGGUUCCAUCAGAAGAGGAAUGGCCAGCAGGGCAAGAGAGCUGAUUGUCCCCCUCUACUCUGCCCUCA